CCCAGGUCUACUCAUAUCAGGUCUAUAACCAAUGUCCGUCAUCGAAAAGCUACAAGAAACCUGGACUUCAAGUUCCAUCACGACAUCAUUUCGUAUAGGCUCCUUAGCCGACAUCUCUCCCAAGCAGGCUCUUCAGUUCCCGGUUGCGGGUUUCAGCUGGCACCUGGUUGUGAGACAAAAAGGGCCACCGUACCGCCGCAAUCAUGAUAGACCUUGGAGGUGCCAGCUAUCUUUUAACUCCUGUGAUUGUCCCGGUACAUGGCGUGGUACACCGGUUAACAUUAAGGUUUCUAUUCCGUCGUAUCUUGAUGGUGAUAAACCCUUCUGCGUCAGAUCUGACGGCACGGUCUUGGGCACCCAGCUGCUCAUUACAUGUUCCUAUAUGCAGCUUCAGGACGCUCUCGUUUCACUGGAGGUUACCUUUACCAACCCACUAACGUGCAAUCUAUUCAAUGUGCUUGCCAACGUCAUGCUCAUACCAGACGCACCACUGGCAGCCAGUGCUAAAGAGCCCAGAGUGCCUCAGGCCUGCUCCGCCCUUCGUGCCCUCGAGCAAUCGCUCAAGACAGGGACAUCAUUUGACAUAAUAUUCCAAGCUUACACUCGUCGCUUAUCUCCCGGAAGCGUCACUAGACCAAUCCCAAUUUAUGCGAACACCGCUGUGCUGCAAACCACAACACUUUUACCAGAUUUUGCCGAAGAAGACCUUGAUUUCUCCUCCCUCUUUGAACUAUCUGAAGGCGACACUCUCCCUUUUACUUCCCUAGAAAGUUAUGAAUACGAAUCUGACAGCGAUCUGGAAGACGACAGCGACAAUCACAGCAGCAACAGCAGCAACCACAACAAUUCGGCGGUGGUGCAACCUGCGGAGGAAUCUACCACUGGUGAUGAAGCUUCAGCAAGUCAUGACGAGCGAUCUCUCACCCCAGAAUCUCCUGAAGAUACGACUGAUAUUGGUUCAAUCUCGUCUUUCUCCAACUUUGAAGCUGGACCUCAAGAGCAGCCAGAUAAUCGGCCAUUGCUUUUGGAAGAUGUUAAGAUGAUUGGCGAGAACUUGACACGUGGAUUCCGAGUGGUCCUCGUAAAAGGCGUCGCCUGGAGGACGUGGCACGCCUUUAUUUAUUAUUGUUACACCGGCAUCGUCGACUUUGCAAACUUGCGAUCUCAAAGUAUAUCUGAUGUGACGCUACAGCAGAGACCACAUUGCUCCCCGAAGUCGAUGUAUCAACUGGCUAUGAAGCUUCAAAAUGAAACAUUAUCUCAACUUGCUUUUAAGGCCGUUGCAUUCUCCAAAUUUACAUCCAGGCAUGACGCCAUCAGAGAGAUGGAAAUUGCCCUCCUCCUGCAACAUAGGAGCGCGCCAGCAGUUUUGCAGGGUCUCCCAGCUAAAAUCAAAGCUGUGGCCACGGGCAAUCUGCCCCACGCUGCAUCAGCCCUCACUGCGUUGUACCAGCAGCUCACACAAAUACCUGGCUAGAAUUGAUCCCGAUGACGUACGUCGUUCGGGUCUGUUCAUUGCGUGGACUUCCGAUUGUACUACCGUUUACUGUUGUUAAUAUUUCGCGUGUUGUCGAACUCGUCACGGUGUCAAAAUUGGAAUCCUGCUCACUGUUAGCGAUCUGCUACGGGAUGGGAUUAUUGCCAGUUAUGCCUAAAUAUAGAGGUGUGGCACUGCCUUCUAGAUAAGAGGCUGCUCGGAGAG